CCCACCCUGCGGCGGCGGCGGCAGCCGGGCGAGCCAUGGGCACGGUGCCGUCCGCGCUGAAGCACUGCCUCAGCUACCAGCACCUCCUCAAGGAGCAGCUGUGGAUCGCGGAGCCGCCCGCGGCCGCGCACCCCGCGCAGGAACCACAAGCGUCUGGACUGCCUGAGUACAUAAAGAUUGUAGAAGUUGGGCCAAGGGAUGGUUUACAAAAUGAGAAGGUGAUAGUCCCAACUGAUGUAAAAAUUGAGUUAAUCAACCAGCUUUCCAAAACAGGCCUGCCUGCUAUAGAAGUAACCAGUUUUGUUUCAUCCAAAUGGGUGCCUCAGAUGGCAGAUCACAAAGAAGUAAUGAGGGGCAUUGAGCGGCAUCCUGGAGUCCAGUAUCCUGUUCUCACACCUAAUCUUCAAGGUUUUCAUUCUGCUAUUGCAGCAGGAGCUACAGAAGUCUCAGUAUUUGGCGCAGCAUCUGAAUCUUUUAGCAAAAUGAAUAUUAAUUGUUCAAUUGAAGAAAGCAUAGAAAGGUUUGAAGAAGUCACUAAAUCUGCAAGGAGUAUGAAUAUUCCAGUGCGUGGGUAUGUGUCCUGUGCCUUAGGAUGCCCAUAUGAAGGAAACAUUGUACCAGAUAAAGUGGCAGAAGUAUCUAAGCGGCUGUACAGUAUGGGCUGUUAUGAAAUCUCUCUGGGAGAUACAAUUGGUGUGGGGACACCUGGAAGUAUGAAAAAAAUGCUGGAAGCUGUUAUGAAAGAAAUUCCUUUGAGUGCUCUUGCUGUUCACUGUCAUGACACGUAUGGCCAGGCGUUAGCCAAUAUCCUCACAGCCAUGCAGAUGGGAGUUUCUGUGGUGGAUUCAUCUGUUGCAGGACUUGGUGGUUGUCCCUAUGCAAAAGGUGCUACUGGAAAUGUAGCCACAGAGGAUGUGAUAUACAUGCUGAAUGGUCUGGGGAUCAACACAGGAGUAAAUCUUUGUGCCGUGAUGGAAGCUGGAAACUUCAUCUGCACAGCUUUGAACAAGAAAACAAACUCAAAGGUUGCACAAGCUUCCUUCAGUACUGGAACUAUCAAUUAAAUGGAUUUUUCUUUUUGCAGCUUGAUUACAUUUUCCAUUUACCUUGACCAAGGACAUUUGCUUUAGGAAAAGAAACAAGGAAACCAUUGCAUCAAAGAAACAAAAUAGAACCUAUGUAUAAUUUUUAUUUAAUGGGAACAGUUAUUGUACUGUACUGUCUUGUCAGGAACUGUCUGAUUUGUAAGUAAGAAAUAAACGACUGUAGUACAGAACCCUGUAGAAGUACUCUGUACUUCUACAGACAAGAGAAAUAUAUAAAUAUCAGGAAAUUUUACCAUGUUUUAAAUUGAAUUUUUAGUUCUUUUCAGGAAAACCAGGUAGAAACAGUGAGUACAUAGUUAAGUUUUAAUCAAGAUGUCUUUCAGAACAGUGCAAAUAUUUUCAGUAGUUUAUGAGAUCUCACACUAUGUGUGGCCAUUCUGUUAUGUGUUUUAUUUAUCUCAAUUCUUGCUUUUCAUUUGUCAAGUCACUGUGUUAUGAACACAGAGCCAAAUCUGAAUUCACUGUAAGAAUUUUUUAGCAAUAGAACUUCUUUUAAAUUUUGUUUAACAUCUGCUAAAUUAUGGAUGACUUUAUCUUGUUCCAAGACAUUGUGGUGAGUGGCACUCUGCCAGCUCCUUCCAAUCCUCCAGCAAAUUUCCUUAUUUGUUACAUAUGUUAAAUUUGUUGUAGUUGCAUUUUUUGGUCAACUUAUUAAAACCUAAUUAUACAAAGCAAAUAAAAAUUGGCAAGAUUUUCAACAUCAUUCAGGUUCAUAGUGGUGUAGAAGGGGCUACAUUUUCAUCCAAGGUUUCAUAAAAAAUUAGAUUUUUCAUGCUGUAGGCUACGAAUUGAUAUUCUCAUCCAGAAAUCACAGGUUUUUUAGGAUAGUAGUAUUUUUCUGGACUAGCUUAAACAAAGGAGACCACAGAAUUUUUUUUUGUGCUCUACUGAAAAUGAUGCUGUUCUUUUAAAUGCCUUAGUUCAACAAGAUGCCAAUGAACUGCACUGUUCAAUAAUCAAUAGAUUAGAUCAAUAAUGAACAAAUGGACAAAUUCAAAAAGCCUUAUCCUAUAUAUAAAUGUUCAAGUGUGCCAUGAAAAUAUUGUCAUGUUUUUCAUCCUGAAACUUCAGUACUCUUACUGGUUGGUUGUGUAGGACCUGUGCUUCUCUGUGUACUUAACUUUGAUCUAUAUUUUUUCUGAACAUGUCCUGUUGACAUGAAAAUCUAAAACCCUGGACUGUGGUCUUCAUCCAUAUUCUCAGUUUUCCUCAAAAAUGUGAAGUCUUGUCAAAAGGUAAGUUGAAAGAAAGUGGAAGAUAACACACACAAAAAGAAAAGGCUGAAAGUUUUUUGUCUGGAACUCAAGUCUGCCAAGUUACAGCUGAGUCAUGGUUUGCCUUUGAAAUACCAAAGUGAAUUUUUCUGAGAUCUUUUAGCCAGUUGUGUACUUUAGAAUUGGCACUGUUUAAGAAAGUUAGUUUUUGCAUUCCAGCAACACAAAGCUAUAAAUUUAUACAACACCCCUAUUCUGUUUAUGCCAUAGUUAUAGUCAAAAUUAAUAUAAGCUACUUUGUUUCCCUCUUCUCAUGGUAAAAGUCGAAGGAUAAAAACAGAAAGGUGUUCAGGUGAGGCAAGAAAUAUCUUGCCUAUCGUUCCAAAAUACUAAAUCUUUCCUGCAGAGUCUAGUAAGAAGACUUUGAAGUACUCCUGAAGGUAAGAACACCCUGAUUUUCUUGACCUGCUCUGGAUGCAUGAUUGGAUCACCACAAAAAAACUCUUUCCUCUUUUUUCCCAUGUUUCAGCUGGGGCUUUGUUAUUUAGCAGCCACUAUAGCUUAUAUACCAAAACAUGAACUUAAAUAAAACCAGGUCUUGAACCAUUCACAGACUUAAAAAUUCUGUAAUGAAUUUGACCAAAUGAAGAGGUAAGGAAACUGCACUGCUGCCUAAGCCUAAACAUGGUGCCAGAAUUGACAUCUUAAAAACUCCCUAAUUUGUGUGUCAUGUACCCCUGAAGGUGACUAACCUCACUGUAAUACUUUCGUAUUUAAUAAUUAUUUUUCCUGUUUAGUUUUCUCUGUAGGCACAGAUUUGGCUCAUUUUGAGCUGAAGUAUGCAGUUUUCAUGUAGGUCCUGAUGAAUUUUCUUCCACCCAAGACCCUCUGAGCUUGCAUGUUUAAUUAACAGAAACAUUAUCGAGCUUCUCAAAGACUGAAAGGGAAGUCAGCCCUUGAAAACAAAGCAGUUGUGAAGCAAACCUGAAUGUGAGACUAAACAACUGAACUGAGACUGAACUUGCUGCUCAGCCUGGGGAGAUUAAUACCCACCCAUGACAGGAGCUGAGGGAAUGGCCUCAAGUUGUGUCAGAGGAGGUGUAGGUUGGAUAUCAGAAAAAUGUUCUUCACCCAGAGGGUGGUUGGGCACUGGAACAGCUCCCCAGGGCAGUGGGCACAGCACAGCCUGGCAGAGUUCAGAAAGUGUUUGGACAAUGCUCUCGGGCACUGGGUGUGACUCUUGGAGUGUCCUGUGCAGGGCCCAGGAGCUGGACUUGAUGAUCCUUGUGGACCCCUUCCAGCUCAGCUUUUCCUGUGAUUAUGAACUGAAAAAGAACACACUUUCUCAUAAAGCUGUAAUAAUUUGUGCCACUGGGUAAAAUAGAAAAUUAAAAAUUCCUAAGCCCAGAAAAAUCCCAAGAAAAGAAUGCCAGUGCCUCUGCAAGGCAGGGUUCUUUUUCUUGAAGGUGGUGGUGAAGUCUUCAAUUAUCAGCCAAGUAAGGAACUGAGCAGAUAGUGUCCAUUUUUAUGCCUCUGUGCACAGUGCAUCCUAGGCUUCUCAGCAUCUGGACUGUCUGGUUUGCAGACAGUUGGCUCUUGAUUCAAGGCUCUUGAUUCUCCCCAUGCAGUGAAACAGGGUACCUAUUAAAUCAUGUAGAUGAACAAUCUAAAAUGUCUCAGUUCUUUAUUGGGUGGGUCUGUUUUAGAAACUACUUGGAAACUUGUGGAGAGCCUUAAUUGCAGGUCUGUUAUUCUGUAAUGAUGUGAGCAUUGGAAAAGAUGAGCAGUCACAUCUGGAGCCUGUAGUUUACCCACAUGUUCAGCUUCAACCACAUUGUGAGUUAUUGUAAUCCAGGGUGGAGGUCACAGACAAAUAGAUUGUUUGUCAUGAUUGUUAUGAGAGAGAGAAACAUAGAGCCAGAAUAAAAAAAAGCAACCCCAACCCAGUGUUUAUGUGCCAAAAUUGCCACCUGGGAUGAAUUUAGGUCGGUGGGUCCAGGUCAUUGGUCCCUAUGAAAUCCUUGUUUAGUUGUAAUAGGACUUGAGGCAUCUUACAUUCUGCCUACUAACAUAUUUUAGGUGUGUAAAAUGCUGCUGCUCUGAUUUCCUGGGUUGGCAUAAUUUUGACUUUGCAGAACAUUUUGACACCUAAUGUCUGGCUUCAAAAAAUAAGCAUCUAUUACUUUUAAUAGCAAAGACUAAUCUAAUAGCCAUGCCAUGGGCGUGCAUCACUCACAGCACUGAAUUCAGCUCAUAGGCCAACAGCUGAGACUAUAUCACUUGAAAAACAUGCCAAGACAUGGGAUGAGGCUCUCCAGUGCUCCUGACCCCUAAACCUUUAUGCUUAUAUUUAGAAGUACCUAUAUUAUAUAUCUGCUUAUAUUCAGAAGAACCUAUAUUCUUAUAUUCACUAGUGAUGUCUGCUCUUUUAGUCCCUGUCACUGUCCCCAAUUGAAUACAAUGCUGUCACUUCACCAUGAAGUAGCCCCCUGGCUGUGGAGGGCUUGCAUCCAGGAGUUUGGCUUCCAUGAGCAGGUGUUCUUAUCACUGUGUCAUUAUAAAAAUUUAAGUCAAGAUAUUACAUUGUUGAAGGUAUGACUGGUGUCCUUUGUUGGAGGAAAAGUUGAUCAGUUCCAGUAGUAUGGGCAUAAUCAUUCUUCAGUGCCUUCCAGAACACAGCAACAACAUAGAUCCCAUACAGUUCUAAUGUCUUCCAGCAGCAGCUUGCUUUGUACUUUAAACUUUUAUGUAUUAGGGCAACUUGGCUCUGGACCAACACUUUAAUGGCUCAUUUUUGUGUAUAACCAGAGCUUAUGAAAUAAGAACUAAAUGUUGUAGUGUUGUGAAUAUGUCCAGAGAGGCUUUGGCUAAUUUUCCACUCUUAAUAGUGUCAUUUGAGUUCAUAAAACUUUUAUUAUUGUAUUAAGGAGUCACAAAAUGAAGACUACAAGUCUGUGAGAUAAAAUUCUUAUGUUUGGGAUCAGUGUUGUUGAAAUGAAAUAAUGCUUAUCCAAAGAGUUGGUGUGAAUGUAUAAGAUCUGCCCAUUUUUUCCACUGAGUUUAAGGGGUAGAAAUAUUGUUUAGUUACUGUGGUAUCAGAAAUUCGAUACUUUUUGCCACUGAAUUUUUCUGUGUUUUCUGACACUGCCUUCAGUUCUCUUCACUGAUUGUGAAGUAUCUAGAUGAGUGGCUAAACAGGUAUAAGAGUGGCAAGUAAACAAAUUCCAGUUCUUGACUUGCUGAUCAAAAUUAAUCAACUUUUCUUUUGUUAUAUUUUUUAAGAUUAUUUUUCUCUACAGUCCUGCUGUAAUGCAGUGUUGAUCUUCAUUGCUGCAAUAACACAGCAGGCAGAAGGACUACAGCCAAAGUCAACUCAGUCCUUUGAAAGCAAUGUCAAAGAGACAAUAUGUUUGUCAAGGAAUUGUCAUGUAUCUGCCUGGUUAAAUGCAUUUGUGAUUUUGCAAUAUGCGGUGUUACAGCUGAAAUAAAAUCUCCCUUGCUGUUUAUUGAAA